AUGUCCCGGCAUAUCUACACCCGUCACGGGGCUAGCGACGGACUCCAGAAGGUAAAGUACAGCGUGAACAGAGGGACUUACUCCAGACGCAGUCGGCUGAAGAGGAGUGACGGCAGCACCACCUCCACCAGCUUUAUCCUCAGACAGGGUUCAGCUGACUCCUACACUAGCCGACCAUCGGACUCAGAUGUCUCCCUGGAGGAGGAGCCGACAGGCGGCAAGCUGGAGAAGGAGCAGCAGGCCACUGUACAGCUGGAGAGGGCCAAGGCCAAAGCCGUGGCCUUUACUGUGAAGACUAACGUCAGUUACUGUGGAGCCCUGGAUGAGGAUGUCCCUGUGGCAGGAACCGCCAUCUCCUUCGAUGCCAAGGACUUCCUGCACAUUAAAGAGAAGUACAGUAAUGACUGGUGGAUUGGCCGGCUGGUGAAGGAGGGCUGUGAGAUCGGAUUCAUCCCCAGUCCUCUGAAACUGGAUAACAUUCGUCUACAGCAGGAGCAGAAGAGGGGCACACGCUCUUACGGUAAGUCCAGUGGGAAUUCCUCCUCCAGUCUAGGAGACAUGGUUUCAGGCGGUUCAAACCCUCCCUCUGCAGGAAAACAGAAGCAGAAAGUGACUGAACACAUCCCUCCCUAUGACGUGGUCCCCUCUAUGAGACCAGUGGUCCUGGUAGGACCGUCCCUGAAGGGAUAUGAGGUGACAGACAUGAUGCAGAAAGCACUCUUUGAUUUCCUGAAGCACAGGUUUGAUGGCAGGAUAUCCAUUACAAGGGUAACGGCAGACAUCGCUCUGGCCAAGAGGUCAGUGCUCAACAACCCCAGCAAGAGGGCCAUCAUUGAAAGAUCCAACACCAGAUCCAACCUAGCGGAGGUUCAGAGUGAGAUUGAGAGGAUAUUUGAGCUGGCCCGAUCCUUACAGCUGGUGGUUCUGGAUGCUGACACGAUCAACCAUCCGGCCCAGCUCACAAAGACGUCCUUAGCACCUAUCAUCGUCCAUGUUAAAGUGUCCUCUCCUAAGGUUCUGCAGCGGCUGAUCAAGUCGAGAGGGAAAUCCCAGAGCAAACACUUGAAUGUGCAGCUGGUGGCAGCGGACAAACUAGCACAGUGCCCCCCGGAAAUGUUUGACAUCAUUCUGGAUGAGAAUCAGCUGGAGGAUGCAUGUGAGCACCUGGCAGAGUACCUGGAAGCCUACUGGAGGGCCACACACACCUCCCUGAGCACCCCUCUCAACCCUCUGCUGGGCCGCAACCUGGGAUCCACCGCUCUCUCUCCGUACCCCACAGCCAUAACCGGGCUGGUGAACCAACAGGUGAGGAACAGCAAUCACACAGCAGGAGACCACUCACCCAUCGAGAGACACAGCCUAAUGCCCUCAGACGAGAACUACCACAAUGAGCGGCAGAGGAAGAGCCGUAACCGCCUAUCCUCCGGCUCGCAGCACAGCCGGGACCAGGUCCACUACCCUCUGGUGGAGGAGGACUAUCAUGACCCCUACCAGGACACGUACAAGCCCCACCGCAACCGCAACGGCUCCCCCGGAGGCUACAGCCAUGACUCCAGGCACAGGCUUUGA